CUCCGCUGUGAAUAUUGCAGCAAAACACAUUCACAACACUCCUCUGAAAUGCCUUGGUGGGACAGCCAUGGUACCCCUCCCCAGCCUGCCAGCCCUUUCCAGAAGCCACCGUGGCUCCUAAGAAAUUAACUCACCACAGCUUUUGUUGUGUGCAACCCUAAAUCACGGAGUUGCACUGGAAACGCAGACCUGAUUAAUGAACUCAUCCCAUGGGAGCAUGGCACGGACAGGAUAAAUCAGGCACUGAGUCACCAGCAUGCUGACACUCCUCUGCAGCAUUCCCUUCCAACGUGGCGGGCUGUGGAGUGGGUGUUGGUGCUUGGAACUGCCCUUUCCAAAUGCAAGGCCAUGCCAGCUGCACCUUAGCACCUUACUGUUGUAAGUUCCCUCUGCGGUGACAUUUCCAGCAGCCCUACAACUUCCCUACAGUCAGCUCACCUCUUUUAUUAGUCCCACAUCUCCUGCAUGUGACUGGGGAGUCUGGGGCACAUCCACAGACCAGCACUGCUUGGCUUGACUGUUUCAACUGAGAAAAAUGAGUGACCUUUCCUAAAAGUCUGGAUUGCUCAUUCUUUUCUCUCUCCACUUUGGGGCACUGGAGCAGGAUCCCAACCAAAUGAAGGGAAGAGAGCAUCAAGACAAGAGCCAAGAACGUCUUGGAAUGGAUGGAGAAAUCUUCAGGCAAAAAGGCAAAAUAAACGAUAGCCCUGACUGUGCUUAAGACUGACACAUUAUUAAGUGAAGAGCUCAUAUGAGUUGCUAAUGAAAUGCUAACAAACUGAAGAAAAAACAGUUGAGGAACGUACAAGAUAUAUUGCUGUCUAUCUCCUGGCAUGUUCUUCUAAUUUUUACUAAAUGAAAGUCUUCAAGUGUCUGGCCAGACUCCCUAAUGCUAGAAGCAUAGUCUGUUACUCCAGAUAGAAGGAAUGCUACAAGCCAGCACCUGGCAACACUGCUGAUCUCCACAGAGCUGUGUUAUGGAUGAGGGAGACUGGGACUGGAGCUAGCUGUCAAACCUAUAAUUAAAAAAAUGUGUUUUCUUACAGACAUUUCUUUCUGUUGUCAGGAGAAAUGGAAUGCAAAAUCUCAUUUAUCAUAUUCCAAAAAUUCUGUAGACACUCAAACUAUAAAGCUCCAGCCACAUCAGAAACAAUGCAGAAUAGUUCUGCAUAAUAACUUAAAAUAAUGCACUGAGUCCUAUAGCUCAUACACAAAGUGCCAGCAAAUCCUUUCCUAAUAACAGUGCUGUAAUGGGUAGAAGGCCCUAUGGGCUCCUGUGAAUGGAGUUCUAGAUUUUCCAAUAAGAGGAUGGAACAACACCAUUUGUGAUGCAGGGCCACAUCUGACCUCAACACAGCAAUAGCAGUGCUGAGCAUUGGCCUGUACACAGCUCAGCAGCAUACCAAAGCCUUCCUUUACUCAACUGGUGCCAUAACCAUGGAUAUCCCUUCAGCAGUGCCCUCUGGAGGAAGGUUGGGUUUCCAUCCUUUGACACCUUGACUAUCACAUCACUGCAGUGGGAGCACAGCCUCUGCUUCAGUUCUAGAGAAGAUUCCUACCACUGGAUCAUCACACAUACAAGAGUUAACAAGUCAUGGAGAUUAAUUUGAGCUGUUUAUACAGAUGUAGCCCUGUUGUUACAAGCAAAAACAACACAGCAAAGUUGCUCCAAGACAUCUGUGAAGGGUAGAAGUCCAUAAUUCUUUAAGUCAAGGCUUCAGUUCUGCAGGAUUUGUUAAGGAAACACAGCACAGUUAUUGUUUUGACACCUCAGAGCUCCAGGCUGCAUUAAUGCAAAAACUUCUCUCCAGGCAAGAGGAGCUUGAAGGGGAUAUGAUGAACUCCUCCAAUCUGCAAGUUUAUAGCAGCUUUAUUUCUACAGAGUCAAUCUUGAGAAAAAAAAAAUGAAUUUCAACGUCUGGAAUAUCAAGGAGAUGCUCAGCACUCCCACAGCCUCUGGGCCAAACAAGUUCUUUGCCCGGAGCAGCGCUCUGAGUGACUAUUCAAGUCUGAGUGACUCCCAGCUGCUCUUUGGCUCCCAGGUCUGCCCGGAGAAUGUGCAGGCAGCAGCACCGCUGGAGCUGGGCAUGCAGCUGGGCCAGCACAACUCUCAGGACAGCGAGCCCAGUAUUUUUACCAAAUACCAAGCAAAACCACAGCUAUUUGAUGAAGACACAAGAGAAAAAGGGUUGCUUAAUUUUGGUGCAGGACGAGGGAAAAGAAUCCUGGAAAAUUUUGAAGCAAAUAAGAACAAAAUAAAGGACAAAUACGAUCGAGAAGUGUUAAGCACCUUUAUUUCCAGCAUCAAUGACAGGCUUCAAGGGCUACAAGCAUGCUUGGACAAGUUUGAAGAAGCGUUCAAUUCAAGAAACAAAUCCAUUUCUGUUCACCUGGAGACCAUUUCCAAGACAUUGCAAGAUGCUCUUCAAAGUCACAGCGACGUGGUGCUGAAAGCCCUGGCAGAUAAAAGCCAAAUGGAGCAGGCGCUGCUGGAGAUGGAGAGGAGACUGGCAGCCAAAGAUGUGGAGAUUUUGGAUGUGAAAUCCAGUGUCCAGCAGCUGAAUGAGGGCCUGGAGUCACUGCCAGCUCAGCUCGGUGACCACCACCUGAAGCUGUGUGAAGAAUUACGCUCCCUGAAGCUCCCCAGUGCCUUGGCUGAGCUGCAGACCUUCAUGUCCAGUGCCAGAGUCCCCCCCAGGAUGGUGGAUAACUCCUCCCAGACCUCCCCUGGCACAUGCCAGGACUGCGCCCCAUACCAGCAGAAAGCACACUGGCCGUGCUGCCAUGGUAUGGGGGGCUGCAGGUCCUUGGGUCUGUCUGCCACAGGGAAGCAGCACAGCGUCACCGGGAAUGUGACACCUCGGGGUGGCCUCAGUGCAGCUUCUGGAAGCAAAGUCAGCCCAAGUGCUACAGCCGUGUGUGGCAGAGAAGUGGAAUCUGCUUUGGUAGCACAGAGCUGUUCUCACCAUCCGUGCGUGUGCAGUGCUACCAGCCAGUUUCUGGGGGAUGGUCUGAAGAAGCACAUUCCCAUACUGCAGGAGAUAUCCCCAGUCACUCCCCUGAGGAAGGCAAUCCGCAGAGGCACUGGAGGAUUUAAACCCGUGACACCAUCACAACAGAGGCAGCCUCAAGUGUGCCAUCUCUUUGUGCGAAGCGACACGUCUGGGCAAAGAGAUGGGAACUCGUCCACAGACCAUGAGCUGGAGAACAUAGCCAUAGGGAGCAGAGCAAAGAAGAAGUCGGGAAGGAUCCCCUGGAAUAAAGUAAUGGAGAGGAAGAAAACAUACCCCGGCAAGAGGAAAGGAGAGCUCGCCAGGUGUGCUGAUGGUGGGCUGAAGCAAGUAAGAGCAAAAAGGAUUAUCGGGUCAGGAAGCACCAGAAAAAAUUGCUUUCCCAGAUAUACAGUUGCUCUCAGUUUAGCAAGCUCUAACCCGAUUUCCGCAGCUCCCCAUCAAGAGAUGCUCGGCAGCGCUCAGCCCAGGCCCACAAGGAGUUUCCUGCCAGUGCCGUGCUCCAAUAAAAGCACGCACCAACUUGCAGACGAAAGGAAGAGAAGUUUGGAAAACAAAAAAAGAGUGAUUGUCUCCAGUGCGAGAAGGGAUUUCUGGGAUUCCUCUCCCCAGGAGAGUUUGUUCUCCCCGUGCAGAACGACAGGUGUAAAACAGGCGAGCUGCUCCGCAGGCUGCGCUGACCCGCGUCCCGGCAAUGCGCAGAGCACGGAAUGCUGCUCUUUAGUUUUCGAUAGUGAUUAUUCAGAUUGAGGGGGCUUGUUUUCAGAGCCUGCAGUGUGGACUCUGUUGCCUGCAGUGUGGCCGCCUCUGUUGCCGUUUCUCCCUCCUGUUUAGUCUCCUGCCUCUGAUGUUGGGAGCCCCUGUUGGGACCGCUGAGAAGGGCUGAGUGUUCCAGCCCCUUACAAACAGGCAGGGCUCCUGCCUGGCGCCCAAGCGUGUCACUGCCUGCUCGGAUCCCUCCUCGAGGACAGCGUGGGAUCUGAGGCUUGGAAAGCUGCGUGGGUCCGUGCUCUUUUACCCCCCUCCAGAAGUGCCCCGGGCUCUGCUUACUGCUGUGUUCACACAGCAGAGAUGUGCCUGCACUCGGCUGAGACGUUCAGCCCAGCUUUUCAGCCAGAUACCUCAAAUAACUUCUUUGUAGCUGGAGGCCUUCACCUCGCUCUUACUUGUGGUCUCUCCUUUGGUUUGUAUGUCUGAAAGUUCCGACUUUUGGCUCCCUAGGAAAGUAGGUGUCUUUUUCUGACUGAUUUUGGUUUAGAUUUGUCCCAAGAGUUGUUUCUGAGCUUUGGGCGGAUACAAGCUCAGCUGAGGAAAGCGACGUCCCAGCGACCCUGCACAUCGACUGCUGCGCGUCUGCCCCUUUGAGGCUGGACUCUUUUGUUACGGGAAAUUCAGGACAUUGUUUAGUUCCUGUCAUAGUUCUCUCGUGUCUCUCUUCGUGAAUAAAGGACGUGUCCAUCUUUCACUUCUCAAGGAUGGCUCUCAGACAGAAGCCCAAAGAAAUGACAUCGAAAUUCAACAGCCUCAGUAACUGAUGGAUAUCUCUCAUCUUUUAGAUGUAGUUCUCUGGUUCAGCGUCAUCCCAGGCAUGCAGACUUUGAGUGGGAAGGCACCACCUGACCACCAACGUGGCAUAAACCACAGCUCGAGCCCUCGGCAGCCCCAGUUCCUGCAGAGCAGAUCUCCCCGGGUCUCCAGCCACAGAUCCAUUUCCACUGCUUCAAAUGUCUGUGCCCUUUCGAUCUUUGAUCUGAGCUGCUGCUGGCGAAAGAAGCGUUUCAAUAUUGACAAAAGCGGUCCAUUGCCAGGAAGCCCCGCGGCGCAGCGCUCUCAUCCCGCAGGGGAAGGCUGGGUUUGUGUUCCCGGAUUUAAUAAACCCGUUGUUUCUUUGCAAAUGUCCCAUUUCUCUGGACUGUUUUUUUCAGGAGAGGCGAGAUCCCAUUUCAGCAGGUGAACAGACACCGUGACCGCUG